GUAAACCUCUGACAGAGUGGGCGAAGUCAAGGAGCUGCAAAGAAUGAAAAGAGGAAGCAGCAGAACUGAGUUUUAUUCCUGGCAUAGGUAACACCCUCCUUUUUGAAAGCAGUGUGUAGUCAAAGAUUGGAGCUGACUCUUGCUGAUUUCUGAAAGGGCUGAUCGAAGGGCACCGGGGUCAGAUGAACUUCAAAACAGGCUUCUAGAGCAGAAGGCACGGGGUCACUGAGAUACAGGAACCGGCAGCAACAUGGACGACCAUUCCCUUCAUGCCUUUGGGCUUCCUCCUUGCCCUGAAUUUAAACCUACUGUUCAUAAUGGAGUUCUCAGGGGCAAAAGGCUCUUGGAUUCCUCAGAGCAGGUUCAGGCCCUGCCCUCAGCUAAGAAGCCUUGUGUCUUGAAUCAUCACUGUAGCACUCCAGAUCCAUCAAAGAAACUGCUGCUCUGCUCCCCAGAUUCUGCCUGCUUUCAAGGAUCCUCUCAUUUUCUGGCUGAUACUGGCCAUGACGACCUUGUUGCCAGUUCUUCUGCCUCAAAAUAUGAUGAUGUAGCCAUUUCUCUAGAUACAACCAGAUGUUUUGAUGAUAGCGAGCCAGAUGACUCCUUGUUGGAACUGUCAGACAAUGAAAUAGGGAAUUCUCCUUUCAAUUACACCGAGGAAGAGAUCCAGGAAAUCUUGGCAGAUGAUCGUGUGGAAUCUGAGUGGUACCUAAUGAGAAAAAGCACUCUGAGCCAAAAUGUAAAUGGAGAGAGUGAAAAGGACGAGAGCAGCAGCUGCACCGGGGCAUCAGUCAUCAGCGAAGAUGUGAGCGUGGCCUCAGAGAUCACAGAGACACCAAACAAACCUCCAUCCAGAGAGUGUUCUUCAUCUGGUUCAGAACCUCCCAGCCUUUCCAAUGAGAGUGUUAGUUUGGACGGGCACCCUCUGCAGUCAGCCCAAGUACCCCGCGUGUUGUUUGACCUUGACAUUGAGGAGCUUCUGAGCCUUAGCCCAAUUGAUGCUGAUGAUGUGGAUCAGCCUCUGGAAGACAAUUCUUUGGAGGAAGCCAAAAGAGAAGCUUCAGAAGAAAACCAAAGUGAUUGCCUAGAGUUUGAUAAAACGGCAAGUAGCUGCGUUCUUGAAGAAUUCUUGGAAGAGCUGAUGUCUAAUGGAUGGCAAAGCCUGGGUGUGGGCUGCCUGGGAGAGACGCCCGUUGUGAGCAGACAUGUGCCUGACUCCUGUGAUGAUCAGCUGGAAAGGUCCAUGCUCUCUUCUGACCCUGCCUGUGACCAGAGUCCAGCUGAGGAGAGAUCAGCGCCCGGGUUACCAAGGUGUCCCACGCCAUCUUCUGGGUCUGGAAACCGAGAACUUUCCAAAGCAACGAAGAGAUAUUUUUCAAGGAAAUUAAACUUUCUAGAGGAUCAUGGGGAGCAGGAAUCUUCAGCAGCUGAACAGCCAUCAAACAGUAUCAAAUUAAGUGAUACAGCUGUAGGCCAGAUUGGGCAGGAAGAAACAACCAGUGGGAAGAAUCCUGUGUCACAGGAGGAGGAGGAAAGCCUGAAACAACGGACUUGCACUUCAGAAGCAGAGCUUGAGGAAAAGAAACAUUUAUAUCCUGAGUGUGUGUCUCCAUAUGAAGAAAACUGUAGCUCCUACACCAGGCAACUCCCAGAUGGGACGGGAAAUUACUCAAGGUCCAACAAGAAAUCUGCCCAAAAGUACAGCCUCAUGCAGUGGGUGAGCAAGAACUUGGCCAAACACCACCAUUUCCAGAGCAUCCCUGACCACUUACAGCGUCGCCCCGUGAUAGCCUGGUCUAAUGUCUGAUUUUGCUGCCGAGGGACUGUGCUGGUUCUUGCUCUUCAUUUAGAGUUGUUCUUAAGUUCUGGUUUUGAGUGGUUUGUAUCUUCACGAGUUGUUUUAUGAUCUGUUUUUAAUAAGGCCAAUGGAAAUUUCUGUGUUUUAGAAACAUUUGGAACUGGUUUUGAAGCCUGAUUUCAAUGUGAUCUGUUUCUGUAGAGGUAACUUCUGUGUUUUGCAUCAUGCUUUGUUAUCCUUUGAACUGAAAACAACCUCCUCACAGAGCAGGUAACAGAAGCAGUUGGUGUUCAAGAGGCAAGAUUGUGUGUUGGAUGUGAGGAUGUAACGUUUCAAUGAUGGAAUCUGGAAAAUGUGCUUUGAAUUGGAAAAACUUUUCUUUAAAGCUUGGACCUAAACUUUGGUAUUAAAUCUCCUACAGUGGUUGGGGCUCCCUUUGAAUAACGUGAAGGCUUCAAAUUGUGAAAAUGGCUCGUGCCUGCUGUCUCCCUCCGUUUGGCAAAGACCGAGUUGUGUUUGUUCACUGUAAACUCAGGAGCACCAGUUGAUUUACCUCGUUUGGGUAUGUCUUGUCUUGUCCUGUUCUUCUUUCUGUCCCUGAAAAGU